AACAGAGUAAUUUAGUUCAGUUUAAAUAAAUAAAGCAAUAUAGUAGCCUAUGUAUUAUUCAGUGAUUCCUCAUAAUCACUGGCCAAUAGUUUAUAGUUAACAAAGAUAAUACAGUAUAAGAUGCAUACUAGCAUAUAUAACCCACCUACAAAACAAAUGUAUAAUGUUAUUCAGAUUUUCAUUUUACUUGUUGAAUCACAUGCAAAACAAAUGAAAAGUGUAUAUAUACAUAUAGUUAGUACUCCCCCCUUUGCAGUGGUAUAUAACCGCUUAGUGCAUAGUUAUGGUUUGUAGAUCAGUUCAGACCACUUUUUUCCACUUCCUGGAAACAGUUUCUUCUGUGGGUGACAAUGGUGUAAUGGAAAAUUCUUACAAGGUUUUUUGCUUGAUAACCAUCUUGUCAUAUUCCUGUUUCUGUAUUGCAGCAAAGACAGAGAUGAACACAAAAUCUGUCGUUAUUGGAGGAGAGGUCAGCCUGCCUUGUAAAAAUGAGUCUCUUGAUAAACUCACCCAGAUGACAUGGUUCAAGAAUAACACCAAACUUUUAAUAUUUGCUCCAUCAAACCCCCCCCAGUGGUACCCUGAAGCAUACCACUACCAAAUAAAUGUGACGUUAUCUGAAGACCAACUGUACGCACUCACCAUUAAGAAAGCAGUAUGGGACCAUGCUGGGAACUACAUGUGUGAGACCACAACAGGAUCAGGAGUCUGGACAAUGAAUUGGAAACUUAAAAUCACUGAUGAACAAGAAGCUGGACAAAAAUCUUCAAUACUUGUAUACAUAAUUAUUGUCAUUUGUGUUGGGAUUAUUGCUGUUGUUCCUUUAAUUAUUUUCCUCUACAAACGACAAAGACACAGCAACAGACAGCAUUGUGCACAAGAAACGGUAAACACUGUCUAUCAUGUUGAGAAGCAACACGACAUCUAUGAAAACUGCCUGGAAAGUCAAGUCAGGAACAGCCAUCACAUUUACUCUAACUAAUAAUACAACAAAAACUGGUUAAACUUCCUCACA